AUGAAUAAUAAUCCUCAAGACGGUUCUAAGCGCGUUGGAAAUUGGGGUCCACGGCAAGCUCCUAACCUUGAUCCAAAUCGUCAGUGGGCAGCACUCCGGCGUCGUUAUGAGUGGAAUGACUCUUAUGAUGACGGAGUCGCUCCCAGAGAUCAAGAAUUAGAGAAUGAACUUUUUGGAGAAGAAAAUCACGUUCACACAGGAAUUAACUUUACCAAAUAUUCAACAAUUAAAGUUAGUGUCAAACCCGAGGGUAUAAUAACUCCAGUAUCCACAUUUGACGAUGCUAACCUUCAUUCAGCAAUGAAAGAAAAUGUUAAGUUAGCUAGGUACACAGUUCCUACACCGGUUCAGAAAUAUUCAAUACCCAUUAUUACUGAAGGACACGAUCUAAUGGCUUGCGCUCAAACUGGGUCUGGUAAAACUGCUGCAUUUCUCAUUCCUGUAUUAUCCAAGCUUUUUGGAAAAGCGAAAAAGCUUGCAGCUCCUCGCCCUCCACCCGGUGCACGUAGAUUCAAAGCUGAACCUUUGGUUCUAAUUAUUGCCCCUACGCGAGAAUUGGCCACUCAGAUAUUUGAUGAAUGUCGUCGAUUUACCUAUAGAAGCAUGAUGAGGCCUUGUGUUGUAUAUGGAGGUGCAGAAUCACUUCCACAGAAAAAUGAAUUAGCAAAGGGUUGCGAUGUUUUAACGGCAACCCCAGGUCGAUUAAAUGAUUUUGUUGAAAGAGGUUUUAUUAGCCUUCGUCGAGUCAAAUAUCUGGUACUUGAUGAGGCUGAUCGUAUGUUGGAUAUGGGGUUUGAAAAUGACAUUAGGAAAAUCGUUCAAAAAUCAGAUUUAUGUGACGACGGAACAAGACAAACCCUUAUGUUUUCUGCCACAUUUCCAAAGUCUAUCCGUUCGCUUGCUAAAGAUUUUUUGGCAGAAAAAUACAUAUUCUUAACAGUUGGUCGAUUGGGUAGUACUACUAGCGAUAUCACUCAAAAGAUUAUGUACGUUGAAGAUCAAGGCAAACGUAAUUCGCUUGUCGAGUUAUUACUAAAACAACCACCAUCUCGAACACUCAUAUUUGUUGAGACAAAACGUGGAGCGGACUCACUCGAUGAUUAUUUAUAUAAUCAAAAUUUUCCAACGACGAGUAUUCACGGGGAUCGCACACAAAGAGAAAGAGAAGAUGCUUUAAUAUCUUUUAAGAAUGGACGUUCACCCAUAUUAAUUGCUACGGCUGUGGCAGCUCGGGGCCUUGAUAUCAAAAAUGUAAUGCAUGUCAUAAAUUAUGAUCUUUGUAACGAUAUAGAUGAAUACGUUCAUCGGAUUGGAAGAACGGCUCGUGUUGGUAAUCAAGGGCUGGCUACAACCUUUUAUAACGAACGAAACGCGGAUAUUGCUCCCGAACUAGUAAAGAUUCUGGUAGAGUGCAAUCAAGAAGUUCCUGAUUUUUUACUGUCAUAUAAGCCGCAGGAUAUGCGAUUUGAUGACGACGAUGAUGAUUUCGUUACUGAAAACAUAUCAACAGCCAAAAGUACACAAGAAGACACUUGGGGGCAACAGCAACAAAAAUCUGGUUGGGAUGCCCAAAAUACUUGGGAUGGUAAACCUUCAUGGGAGGUCAACCAGCCUGUGACUUCCUCAACGGUUCAAAACGAUGGUUGGUCUACUAAUAAUGUUUCUCCACAACAACUGCCCCCUCAACCUACAUAUCAAUCGUUUCAGCAACAAAGUAUGCCACCAUAUGCAAAUCAACCUCCUCCGCAAUCGCCGUCACAAUUUUCACAACCUCAAUAUGGCGGUGGUACAUCACCUAAAGUCAAUCUGCCAAAGUCAAAUAUCCAAUAUAAUACGACUCCACAACAAUCGUAUGGUUAUAAUGCGCCAACGCCACAGUCAUAUGGAUCAGGUAACUACGGGAAUCCCCCAAACAAUGGUCCCCGACAAAAUCAUUACAAUAAUGAUGAUACGAACAGGUAUGACGAUUCCAAUAACGAUAAUUAUCGAAAUGCUGAAUCACCAAAAAAUCAAAGGAAUCAACUCCGUAAUGUUCAAAUGGAAAAUGAAGUAAGGAACGAUCCUCCUCCUAAUUCUGACACCUGGGGUGCUCCAGCACAACAACAAAAUAAGCCAUGGGAUCCAAGUAAUGUUCCAUGGUAA